AAAAGGCUUCUUCAUGGGUUUGAUAUUUUGCUUUCUUCUUCCUUUACAGUUCUGUUGAUUUGUGACCAUGCGUGAAUACAGUGAAAGCAAGGAGACAUGUAUGACCAUCUGUCUCAAAUACCUGCUAUUCAUCUUCAACUUCUUCUUCUGGCUGGCAGGUGGAGCUGUGAUGGCAGUGGGCAUCUGGACCCUGGCUGAGAAGAGUGACUACAUUAGUCUCUUGCAGUCCAAUAUAUACCUGGCAACAGCUUACAUCCUGGUGGUGGCAGGUGCUGUUGUCAUGAUUACUGGCAUAUUGGGUUGCUGUGCAACCUUCAGGGAACAACGGAGCCUGCUGAAAGUGGUGAGCUUCUCUUCUUUAAAUGGACUACAACUGGAACCCAGAAUGCGAAGGGGAACGUGCCAAAAAUUACAGAUUAAAAGUUGGUGCAGUCCUUUAGAUAGUUUUGCCAUAGAAAACUAA